AUGGUAUCCACACGUUCUUCCAUGCGCCGACAGUCCGCCCGUCUGGAGCGAAAGCGAGAGCUCUCCAGCGAGCAGCCCGCCCCCAAGAAGCAGAAGGUUACUAACGUCAUUGAGGACUCCAACAUUGAGUCCAACAUUGAGGACACGACCCGAGAUCUUGAACAGGUCGCCAACGCUUCUAACAACACAUUCCCGGACUCGGACGACUCCGAAUCCGACUACGACGACCUGCCAUCGUUCAAUUACGUGCCCAAGUACGUGGACAUGGACAUGGGCGACCAGCUGCUGGACCUGGAUGUUCUCACAGACGACCUUUCUGUGCUGGACGAGCAGUUUGAGGAGACAGACAACACAGACGUCUCAGAUGAGGAGGUGAAGCAGCUGCCUGCUGUCGAGACCACUCCCAUCGACACCACCGAGGUCGUUACUGCCCCUGCUUCUGAGGCCGUCUGCACCGGCGGCACUGAGCCCAAGGAGCUUAACAUGAACACAGACUUUAUGGACAUUUUCGCCACCGACAACACCCACGACACUGACCCCAUCACCCCCACCUUUGCCGCCAACGAGUGCUGCGAGCGAUGGCCCAUGGUGGACAAGAACGAGCACCUCAGCUCCUUCUCCACCCUCAACGCCUUCAUCCCCGUGCCUGUCGAGUCCGUCCCCGUGUCGCCCGUGCAGCCUGUGGCCCUCGUCGCUCCCCAGAUGCCUCAGCACAUGCAGAUGCCCCAGCACAUGAUGCAGCCCGUUUUCCACCAGACUCCCUCGCUGGACAUCAACGACAUUGUCGACUCGUCGGCCUGCUCAGACUCGGACUCCGUGUCUGCAUCGGACUCUGCUCUGUGGACCGAGCGAUACAACUCGAUCCCCAUCUGUGGGUUCCGAAACUCGCUGCAGCGAGACGACUCGUACCAGUCUUUUGUCAAGUCCAGCAUGACCAAGAGCAAGAAGCGACCCGCCCACUUUGUGGUCCCCGGAAUCAACAAGCGGUCAUUCCUUAGCGGCCGAGCCCAGGCCAUGCUUCUGUAA